ACUCAAGUCACCGACUCACCAUGUCCAGCCGACGACUUUUUCUGCCAUUUAAUCAGUGCCAUCUAGUGGUCAGCCGCACGCAGCCACACACUACGGGGGUCUACAUCACGUCUCUUUCAGAAGAACUUCCUCCUAUAUACUCUCUUUGGCUCGGGCACUGAGGGUUGUCAUUGGGUCUUGGACUCGGGUGCUGGUCGACCGCCGUCCUUCUUUAACACUGUGUUGUGUACUUGGAGGAGCUACUGAUCGAGGCAACAGCAUAUUUUAUCCCUGGAGUACUGAGGUGUAACUAAGAAAUACAAGGCAUCAUGUCUUUAACAAUUGGCGGGCGAUUCUUGUUUGUCAGGAGUCCUCUUGUACAGACAUUAAGAAAUCGGUCAAGAACACCAAACCUUCGAAAACCUGCAAUACCACAUUGGCAUCGGGCAGUGGCUCUGAAGCUGACAGAACCCAUAUAUAGAGAUCCAGAGGAGGAUUUGUAUCCUUCAAUUACAUGCAAGAAGAAAGAGAAAAUUUUACUGAAAUCACAAACACAGAUCAAUCCUUUUGAGCAGAUUCUUGCUCGAGAAUUUUUGGAAAAGAUUGCGAAUGCUAAACUAGUAGCUAUCUUUCACCAACUCCCCAUGUCUGAGGCAGAGCUCUUUGCAACACGGCUUCAACUAAACAAGAUUAAUAUGGCAUAUCUUAAACAUAACAAUAAUAUGAUAAAAUUAGCCUUCUCAGGAACAAAAUAUGAAUCUCUCUUGAAGUUAUAUGAAUCAACAACUGUCACCUUUGCUGGUGAUCAGCUUGCUGUGGCAAAGUUGCUGAAGAUUGAAAAGAAAAUUUCUGGACUGGUGCUUAUUGGUGGAGUUGUAGAGGAUCGGUUCAUGAGUGUGGAAGACCUCAAACGAUAUGCUGCACUGCCAUCACUGCAAACUCUACAGGGUCAGCUAGUUGGCAUUCUCAGUUCCCCAGCACAACGAGUCUCUCACAACCUUGUACACCACCAGACUGAGUUAUCUUCUUCCUUGGCAAGAUACGUAACAGAUAAAGGUUCACCAGAAAGCAGUGAGCCUGAUCCCUCAUCAAGUAAAGAAUAAGGAAUUCCAAUGGAAUUUUGUACAAAACUCUCAUGGAGGAUUCAGACAGUUUUGAAUGCAACAUUACUCAUAAAAUGAAACCAUAAUACCGUAGUACUGGUUUCCAAUUUAAGGUGAGAUGUGUAUCUUGUUAUAUACUGUACAUUUUUUUGUGGUGUGAACCGUAUUAUAUCGAUUAAUUUUC